UCCUGAGUUUAGGAAAGUGGGUCUGUUCUGUGAGGUUGUGCUGUGUGUGUGUGCGCGCGCACGCGCGCACACACACACAUGUGGGGGGAGCACAGUGUCCCAGGAGGACAGAGUUUGCAUUGAUGAAAACCCUCCCCAGCCCUUUGAUGCCUCUUUCCCGCGGCUGAGGUGCAGCAGCCCAGUCCUCUGCGUCCUGCCGGCCACACUCACUCCUGGCCAGGAUGGCGUCCUGUCUGGCCCUGCGUGUGGCCCUGCUGCUCGUCUCCGGGGUCCUGACCCCCACAGUGCUCACAGCUGAGGGCCCGCAGGAGCCCAGCCCCACCCUGUGGAACGAGCCGGCAGAGCUGCCAUCAGGAGAAGGCGCCGUGGACAGUACUAGUCCCGGCCAAGAGCACCUGCCCAGCGGCCCGUCGGGGCCCACGUCGGCGCCGGGCCCCGAGGACAGCACAGCGCAGGAGCGGCUGGACCAGGGUGCAGGCUCGCUGGGGCCGGGCGCCAUCGCGGCCAUAGUCAUCGCUGCCCUGCUGGCCACGUGCGUGGUGCUGGCGCUCGUGGUCGUCGCGCUGAGGAAGUUUUCUGCGUCGUGAAGUAAA